UUCAUACAAGCCACAUUACAUUUCUCACUACUCUUUCAAGCUCUUUCUUCUUUGUAACCAUGGCCUCUAAUAGCACUCCAACAUAUAUAUACUUUCUCCUCAUCUCCUCUCUUGCCCUCCCUCUCAUUUCUUCACCUAUCAAAACCCUAGUCCUCCCCAUUGCAAAACACUCCUCAACUUCACAAUACCUAACAACUCUUUACCAAAGAACUCCUUUAGUACCCAUCAACCUUGUCAUCAAUCUUGGAGGACCCUUUCUGUGGGUCAGUUGUGACAACUCAAGAUACAAUUCCUCGUCGUAUCGAUCCGCUCAAUGCAAAUCCCCCCUAUGUUCACUCACACACAAGUUUCUCAACAUCCAACCACAAUGUAGCAACAACACUUGCAUGAUCACAGCUGAAAAUGUCAUCACAAGCAAAAUCUCAUCCGGGAGUCUGAGCAUCGACGUCUUAAGCCUCCGCGCCACCAAUGGCCUUAACCCCACAAAUUUAACAUCAAUUCCUAGGUUCGUCUUCUGGUGUGCACCGGAGUUUCUAUUACAAGGUCUUCCUAGUGGAUCCACAGGAAUACUCGGCCUUGGCCACAGCCAAUUAUCCUUACCAACACAGCUCGCAAAUCAGUACAAUUUUACCGAAAAAUUCGCCAUUUGCUUAUCUCCAUCAACUAACUCUAACGGUGUUAUAUUCAUAGGAGAGGAGCCUUAUGUAUUCUUCCCCGGCAUUGACAUUUCCAAAAUACUUAUCUACACUCCUCUGGCUAUAACAUCAAAAAAUGCCCGUGAAUUUUCAGAUCCCCACGAAUAUUGGAUUAAUGUUCGAUACAUAAGAAUAAACGGGAGACACGUCCCCUUAAACUCAUCUUACACAAAAAUUAAAACGAAGUUUAGUACCAUUAAUCCCUACACUAUCUUAGAAACUUCUGUAUACAAUUCGGUAACAAACUAUUUUAUCCGCGAGGCUAUUGCUGCAAAUAAUACAUUAGUGGACGAGGUCGCGCCGUUUCGAGUUUGUUUCAGCACGGCAGAGGAGACGGGAAGUUUAACAAGACCAGGGAUGCCAUUUGUGGAUCUGAUGUUGCAGAGUGAAAUUGUGUUUUGGAGGAUUUUCGAGCCAAAUUUAAUGGUGCCGGUGAACAACAAUACUGCAUGCUUAGGGUUUUUGGAUGGUGGGAUUAACCAAAAGUAUGGGAUCAUUGUUGGGGGUUAUCAGCUGGAAGAUAAUUUUGUAGAAUUUGAUAUGGUGAAAUCGAGGUUAGGAUUUACUUCUUCAUUGUUGCUGAGGGAGACUAGUUGUGACAGUUUUAACUUCACGAAUAAUAGUGGUUGAUAGUAGUUAAUUAAGCAGAUACUACUAUUCGAGCUGUAAUAAAACGUUUUUAACUGAUAGUUGACAGAUGUAUCAAAGGUUCG